UCUUUAUAUCAGUUGCACCAUUUCAUCUCGGUAAGUAUCUAGUUAUAACUACAGUGAAAUGAAAGGCUACUCAUGAAUAAAUGAGACAUUUUAUUUUUAGAUGCAAGUUUGCCCAUGAGACAUUGGUGGACAGUAGCAAAUGAGUUUGUUAAUAUGAAUCAUUCUGCUAAUAAAAUAAUUCUGUAACAAAAAAAUAAUAGAGCAAUAAAGGGUCGAUUUUGUUUAGCUGACGAGUGCUAAUGAAGGGUGCGUAGCAUUACUUUGGUAUGGCAGCACACAUUCAAACCUUCAUGUGACCAGAGACACGGCACUAUUUAUAACAGACUGAGGCCCCACAUUCCCACAUACAAGGGCAGUGCGACUGCAGUGGACAGGGCCAUGCCAACCUUGGGCAAUGUUCAAAAAUUUGGAAAAUAUUACUUACACCUAAAGAUGCUGAAUCAUGCUGCGUAAAUUCCAUUGUAAUGGAUGACUUAGAGCACAGUGUUGUGAUAGCGGAGCAAGACUGGGAGAGUUUCUAUGAGGAGAGUGAGGAAUGCUCCAUUCAACCGGCAGGGCUUGCGAGCCUGGAUGGUUCAAGCUUAAGUGACACUGAUGAUGAUUAUGAUGCAAAAAAUUCUACCAAAGGGCCUGAUUUAGAUCUACAGAUCAAGCCUGACAAAACAAAUAAAGAGCCUGAUGCAACAACACUAAGAAAAAGUGAAGUGGAUGACUGCAAACCUGAGAACCCAUCAAAAGAACCUGAAUGCUUAAGUUACAAGAAAGACAAGAAGAGAUCUGCUGAGAAAACUACAGAGAUCAAGCUGAAUGAUGUCUCAACCACACAUGCAUGCUUGACCUCAGAUAGCAGUAUAAGUGUCAAUGACACCAAUUACACCGAUCAGCAACUUACUGCCUCAGAUGUAAAGGAUUUCAGAAAGCAUAAUGAAAAUCACAGUGACGAUAAGUUAUGUCAAGCCACUGGAGAGCCAGACACUUCCUUCUCAUGUAUUCAUGAUGAAGAGCAUGUUGGCAGCUCAGAAGGAGAAACAAUUUUGAAGGUUACAGAAAGUUCAGCAACUCCAAAAGAAGAGAAAGAACGAUGGUUUGUAACAGUAAAUGACAGUCCGGUCAUGAUAAGAGUAAAGUCUGGCAAAAAAAAGGGAAGAAAAAAAAAAACCUCUAGGAAACUAACCCGACAUAGCAUAGAAAAAGAAAGACAGAGCUAUGUCUCAAAUAAUAUUAAUAAAGAGGAAAAAGAAGUAAAGAAAGAUGGACAAAUAUUACAGUGUAAAUGUAUGCAACCUUCCCAAACAUAUUCUGAACACAUUGACUUUAAUCCAUGUCCUAAUCAUAUUUUUGAAGAGGUAAUUUUAGGUUCAUGCAAUACUCAAGAGGUCAUUUUUUCUCCUAUGAAAGAACCUGAAAAGGAGGCUUUGGAAAAACUGUCUAUUCCAAAAAUUAACUGCACUUCAGAGGCAUCAUCGUUUAUUGCUGAAGAAGCGAACACAAGUUGUGAUUUUAGUUUCAAACACAAAGACAAUUCAGAUGAUCCUACAAAAUCAUUAGAAAACAAUCAUCCUGUUUCUCAUACACCAUUAAUUCUCACAGAUGCAGAAUUGCAAAGUAAUGCUGUAGUAAAUGAUCAAAGCAUAGCCAUCAAACCCAAAAGUAACAUACAUGUCACCAUUCCAGAUCACCCGUGGAGCAUCAAUUUAACCCAUAAUGCUCAUGAAGAUACUCAAUCCAAUGGUUCUAGAUUAAUUCUGGAGGCAACAGCUCCUCCUUUAGAAAAGCUACAAGAUCUAACAAAAAUAGCAGAAGAAUUGAAACUUUCCUCCCAGGAGACUCAGGGAUCACAAAAUGAAAGUCUUGAAGCAGCUGUAGGUCCAAAUUGCCCUGUAUAUGCUCUUUCAUCAUUUUGGGAUGAAAUGGAGAAGUUGACAAUAAAUGACAUUUUACAUCUUAGAUCAGAUCAUAACAGAUCUCCUAUGAGCAGAAGUGUAAUUUCUGAUGAGAGUGAUGUCCACCUUGAAGAUAAAGAACCGCUGACUUCUAAACAUGACCGUGUGCAAGAAAAUGACUUGAUGGAAGACUCUGCAGACUCUGACUAUUUCACGCAUGUAGAUGAGUCUAAACCAGACCGUUCAAGUUGUGAACUCUCUACACUCUCGGAUUGUGAUGAAGAGUUUCUACAAAUACUUAACAGAAACCCUAGUCCUGAGCCUCAACAUGUCAAAGAACAGACUGAAAAUUUGGAGUCUACAUACAUCCCAGGCCAUGAAUUUGAUCGAAACAUUGAAACUGAAUCUCUAGACAUUACUAAACUCAAUCAUCAGGAUGGAAUCCCACAUUAUUUAUAUCCAGCUAUAGAGGUAGAAAGCUUGUUUCUUACAUUGACUCAGGACAGUAAUGGCAAUCCUUUUGAACUGGAAGACAUCAGGAAAACACCGGUUUUAUCAUUUGGCAAUACAGCAGAUAAUCAAUCCAUGUUAACCUUUUCUGAGAUUUUGGCUAAGGACAUUAAUGGAGCUGGUUCCUCAGACAGACUAAGCAACACUGUUGUCUCAUUUCCAUUCGCACAGAACUUAUCUGUUUGUGAGAUGUAUGAUGAUUUCUUCUCAGACUUUGAGAUUGGGAAUUUUUUCUUUCCUCCAACCAAAGAUAAGACUGUUCCCAUCUUCUCUGCCUCACACUCAGUGGUGAGAGAUUUGGUAUUCCCUCAGGUAGAGGAACUGGAUGUUGACCCAGAUUUUGAACAAGAUAAUAUGAUAAUAAGGGACCUGACUCACUUCAGCAGCCAGUCUGAAAUGUCUGCUAGUCCAUCAGGAAUGCCAAACCUGUUCUUUUCCAUGAGCCAAAGACGAAACUGGAGUAGUCUUUUCUCUCUGAGAAGAAUAAGAUUUAUAGGAAAGGGGAGCACCUGGCACCACAAUGUCAGCUCUUGGAUUUUCCCAAAAGAAGCAAAGAAGGCAACAUCAUACAUCUCAAGAGCUCAACAAGUAGCACUGCUGAUGCAAGUGGGGAACAACUCCCUCUUACAAAUGGCAGAGCCACAGCAAUGUGCUGUAUAUAUCUCAAAAAAAGAAGACUUUAUCUUUUCUUUAAAGCAGGCAGAUAUGUGCCUGGUUUGCAUUGCCUUAGCUUCUUGGGUAUUGAAAUCUUCUAAUUCACAAUCAACAGACAUGUGGAAAGCAGCUCUCCUGGCAAAUAUAAGUGCAAUCUCAGCCAUCCAGUACUUGCGGAAAUAUGGAAAAGGACACAGCUGAGGAUCAUCAUAAUGUCUUUCCAAAAAUUCUCAGAAGGGGCCAGUAUUAAAAAAGCUAAAUGGUUCAUUUUGCACAAAUUUAAACCAAGCACAAUGUAAAUACAUUUUUGAAACAAUAGCAAACAAGACCAUCAGCAUUAUUAUUAAAUAUAUAUUUAUUCAGACAGAAAGAAAUUAGGUUGCUAUGGACCAGAAGAGCACUAGCAGGUUGCAGGUUUGUGUCAGUAGAUAUUUUCAAGCUGUACUGAGCAUAAGUACAUUGUGUAUAUACUUGUGAGGAAUAGCUUUUUGCUUGGUUCAAUAAUAAUAACAAUAAUAAGAAGAAGCAGCCUAAGAAGAAGAAGAGCGUGAAACACUGAAUUUUCCCAGAAAACACUUUGCUUUAAUAGUCUGUGUACAGGUGCAGUUUAAAAUGGUUCUUCCUGCUUGGUCAGGAAACAUUUAAAAACAUCCUGUUGCUUUUCUCUACAGACAUUUCAAACUUUUAGUGAGAUUGCAUGUCCUUUCUGAUUUUUUUUUUAUUUGUCCAAAAUUGGUGGUUAUUGCUGCAGUAUUGACAGAAUCUGGAUGGAAACUUCAAUCCAUUUAAAAUUUAAAAUAGCAUUUGAUACUGAAAUCACAAGCUUCAGUGUGAAUAUAGCCCAGUUAUAUAAUAUUCAUCUGGAUGCAAAAUUAUUUUACCAUGACAAAAAUAUGUUACCAUGAUGUGCUUAGUGAUGCUUAUUUGUUUAUUGGUGCUAUAUUUUUGUCAUUCCUGUGAGUUGUUAAUGGCUGUCCAGAAACCUAAAAUGUCAUAAGAAUGAGAAAUCCGACUGAGAUUAAUUAGAGACAGCAAACGGUGGACUCAAAUUUUCAACAUGCAACGCAGCAAUAUGAUACCUUUGUGUUUAUUCACAGCAGAGAAUCAGCUCGGCUAGUUAGAGAUCUAAUAGAGGACAAACACAAUGCUGUAGACAUGGUAGUAGCAUGUAAGCUGAAGCUUUGAAACCUGAUCUAUUUGAGCUGAGUGUAUGGAAAAGGAGGUGAGAGAGCUGUGCAGGCUAAACCACCCUUUUCGGGUUAAGAUGAAGCCAGGCUGCACUAUCAGCAGUCACACUGCAUUGUGGGUAUUGUAGGAAACUACAUUGCGAUCAUAGACUGUAUAUGUAGAUUAAAUAUUUAAACUAAAAAAGUCAACUCAGAAAUAAUUAGAAAAUAAACUCUGGAUGCCACUGUAGAUCACAUGUUAAUUAUACAGAAUAAUGUGCAAUGUGUUUCUUUACAAGGAGAGUAUACAUGAAAUAUUAUGUACCAAAACACAAGGUUAUAUUUUUAAUCAGUUCCUACAGAAUUUUGUAACUGCAGAAAUAAACAAAAAAUGAUUUUUGCACAGAUUUGGGCCAAGACGUGUCAUCUGACAUCACAAAAUCUUUUAAACAUGAGUACAGAAACAUGUCUCAUCACUGGUAGUAGUAUAAAAGAAGAAUCCUGUGCUUUAAAAUUUGCCAAUUAGUUUUUCAUUUAAAAAAAGAAAGCACAAAAAUCUUCUUAAAAACAAAAAAACAAAAACAAA